AGGGGGGCAGCAGAGGGGGGAUGAUGUCAUGGUUUGUAGUCCGCGCAUGGAGGAGGAAGAUGGUCGCAGCCCUCGUCUUCCUCCGUUCCAGCCUCCAUCAGCAGUCUCCCCGGCUCUUUCCUUUGUAAGCUCGGAGGAGGAGGAUGCCAUCGCGCGCGCCGCAUCCGUCCUGACGGAAGCCUGUGAGUUCAUCGUCCGCUGCGGGUAAACGGUGACAUGGAGCGGCUCCUCACACGCAGCAUCGGACCGAGCUCGGUCCGGCUGCUGGUCCUUCUCGGAUGCGUGGAGGAGCUCGUUCCUCCCAGAAAGGAGGAGGACUAGAGACUCGUUGAAGGGAGUCGACGGACAGCGGCGGCGGAUCGGCAGCACUCCCGUUUUCCACAUUUCAACCAUGGCAGCGAAGUCGGACGGGGUGCUGAAGAUGAAGAAGAGCGACGUGGCCUUCACCCCGCUGCAGAACUCGGAGCACUCGGGCUCGGUGCAGGGGCUCCACCCGGGCGAGCAGCCCGACUCGGCGUGCACGGACGGAGACUUCAUCAACGGGGAGUCGCGCUGCUGCGGCGGGGUGGGCUCGAACUCGACCUGCCUCCGCCUGGGCGCGGAGCUGCAGCAGUACUCUCUGUGGGACUGCCUGUGGAUCCUCGCCGCGGUGGCCGUGUACGUAGCCGAUGUGGGCACCGACGUGUGGCUGUCGGUGGACUACUUCCUCCAUGGCGACUACUGGUGGUUCAGCCUGACGCUGUUCUUUGUGAUGCUGGGCUCGUUCUCGGUGCAGCUGUUCAGCUUCAGGUGGUUCGUUCACGACUUCAGCACCGAGGACAGCGCCGACCCCGCCGUGGAUUGCUUCCACGUGGACGGGAAGAAGCUCCUCAGCGGCUCGGCCUCUCACGGAGAUGUGACGGCGCAGCAGCAUCCGGCGGCGCCGCAGAGGCAGGCGUCGACCGCCAGCAAGAACACCGCGAGCAACAGCACCGCGAGCGCCAGGAACAGGAGGCGCUCGCGACACUACACCUUCUGCAUCUGGUUCGGACAGUCCGUCAUCCACAUCCUGCAACUGGGUCAGAUAUGGAGGUACCUGCGCACCAUCUACCUGGGUGUGCGGAGCCGGCAGAGUGCAGAGACCGAGCGCUGGCGCUGGCACUGGAAGAUGGUGUACGAGUUUGCAGACGUCAGCAUGCUUCAUCUCCUGGCCACAUUCCUGGAGAGCGCUCCACAGCUGGUUCUGCAGCUCUGCAUCAUCAUCCAAACGCACAAGCUGCAGGCUGUUCAAGGGAUGACCGCAGCUGCCUCUCUCGUCUCUCUUGCCUGGGCUCUGGCCUCCUACCAGAAAGCCUUGCGAGAGUCUCGAGAUGACAAGAAGCCCAUUAGCUACCUUGCUGUCAUCAUCCAGUUCUGCUGGCACUUCUUCACCAUUGCAGCCAGAGUCAUCACCUUCGCUCUGUUUGCCUCAGUGUUCCAGCUGUACUUUGGCAUCUUCAUUGUCCUGCACUGGUGCAUCAUGACCUUCUGGAUUGUCCACUGUGAGACUGAUUUCUGCAUCAGCAAAUGGGAGGAGAUUGUUUUCGACAUGGUUGUUGGAAUCAUCUAUAUUUUCUCCUGGUUUAAUGUGAAGGAGGGACGGACAAGGUGCCGACUUUUCAUCUACUACUUGGUGAUCCUUGUGGAGAACGCUGCGCUCAGCGCGUUGUGGUAUCUGUACCGGAUGCCGAAGACCACGGACGCCUUUGCAGUCCCAGCACUCUGCGUCAUUUUCAGCAGCUUCUUGACUGGUGUGGUUUUCCUGCUCAUGUACUAUGCUUUCUUCCAUCCCAACGGGCCUCGCUUUGGACGUUCCCCAAGUGGCCAGGGACUUAAUCUGGAUCCAACUGCUCAGUUCUCCACCCUCCCCUCUGAGGGCGCCACUAACUCUCUGCGCUCCAGCCGAGGUGCCAGCUCCACUCUGGAGCGCGACGCAGGAAAGUACUCUGAGCGUGACGGCUGCAUGCCAGUGUUUCAGGUCAGACCCACAGUCCCAUCCACGCCAUCGUCUCGUGCUCCCCGUUUAGAAGAGACAGUCAUUAAAAUCGACCUGUGUCGGAACCGUUACCCUGCCUGGGAGCGCCACGUUCUGGACCGCGGCAUACGGAAAGCCAUCCUGGCUGUGGAGUGUUCAGUGACCCCUCCUCGUCUGCAGUACAAAGACGACGCUCUGGUGCAGGAGCGAUUGGAAUAUGAGACCACGUUAUAACUCCUCCCACUGAUCAGCAGCAGACGCCUUCCGAAUAACAGAGACUAAGCAAGAUUGUUUCCAAUAUCAAUCUACAUUUUUGUCCAGUUCAGUUUUUUUCUUAUUUGUCACCCAACAUCAUCGCCCCCUCCCCCCAAAACAGCACAAGUUCAGUCGACAUCCUAAGAUGUUGUGGGACGGUGCACAGGGUGCUUUCUUCACUCAUCAGGAGAGUCCUCGUCAAAUGGAAUUACGAAACAAGAGGAUAAAAGAGGCCUGAACCUAAAAGGCUCCAGUGUGAUCCAGAAUGGAAAGUAGUUCCAAACCAUCUGCUGCUGCGUGACAGUCCUGACAGGAAGAUCCCAGCAGCCACAGCACACGGGCAUUUCCUUCACAACAACACAUACUUAGUGCCAAAAGGGUUUCUGGGAAAACUCUUCUUAAGUCUUUGGAUUUUCAGAUGGAGAGCAGCUCAGAAAAUCCUUUUCUUUUGUUCUCAUGGGUCUGGUUGGAAACUAAAGUAGUUUAAAUGGCUGACAAACGAUGGUCAAAAUAGCUUUUUUUAACCCAUUAUUUCUGUUUUAAGAAUAUAAAAUAAAGUAAAACAGUCUAAAUGGAGGAGAGCUGGUCAGAGUGGAUGAAACCUGCUGAAAUGUUGGCCUGUGAUCCUUCAUCCUCAACAGAACAAGUCAAAACCCCAUAAAUGCCAAGAAAAAGGAAACUUCUUUUGGCACCACCGCCUAGCUGUCCUGUGAGCUUGGCAGUGCAUUGGUGCUGAGGAAACUGAUGGUCGCUUGUCCACGGAGGAGAAUAAGUAAAUGCAGAAGAUGAAGGAUGAAGAACAAGAACAGAAGUGCGUCCAUCUCUGAAGGCCUGAACUAUGCACCAGGAUGUACAGCUCACUGCUGGGACAGACGGCGUUUUCUUAUUCUGAGACAAUGUGGAGGGCACUGAAGUCAUCCUAACUCUUUGUGUGGUAAUUGUGUUGGUAUCUGGAACAUUGUGUGUAUGAGUGUGUGUGUGUGUACAUAUGUUUUUGUUUAGUUGUAAGGACCUGCCCCAAUGGUUGACAAACAUUGUGAACAUUUAGCGUGUUCCCCAGAACUUUAAAGACGUCUUUAUUUAGGGGUUGGGACUAGAACCGGGGUUUUGUUAGGGUGGAUUUGCAAAGGUUAACAUUAGGUUUAGAUGUAGAUGGGAAUGGAAACGCCUCAGAGGGGUAGACAGACCAGCAUGUGUGUUUGUAAGUGUAGACUUGGAUACUUAAAUUGGCUCUUUACUCUCAUCAGAAGUCAUUCACUGAGAAAAAGGUUGUAUUUUUUUGUGAUAUUUUUUAACAAAGCAGAGUAUCAGGCCACACAGCACAGGUCCUCUCUGAAAACUCAAUUCAGGACCAGAAACAACAGGCUUGAAGCAUCACGACUGAAAUACAGAGCCAGAAAGUCCACGGCCUGCAGCAGACCUGGUAGGCCACGUUGACAUUGCAACUGAGCAAGUUAACCUGGUUGGAAACAUAACAUUAAUUUUUCUAAAAGCAGGCACGUCGUGCAACAGAACAAAAUAAAACAUACUAUGUCGUGCUAGGACUUAGUGGGGCUCAUGGCAAUGCAAUCAAGGUUCUGCAAAGCUGAGCAGGGCCAGUUAAAGAAAGGCAAGGCAGUCCUAGCCAGGCCAGGAUAAACAAGGCUAAGUAAGGCUGAACAAAAAUCACUGAGAGUUAGCAAGAUUUGCCAGUGUUGGGACAAGUUAGGGUUAGUGAGGAUCAUUGACUUGGUGCGCUUGAUCUAGUAAUCAAAGGGUUGCCACUUGGUGACGUGCAGCACUGAGACUUUGUUUUUUAACACCUAUUUGACCGAAGUUCCAACUGAGGCAAGUUUUAUGCAACAGAAAACUUUGAGACACAGCAGCAGGUGUUUGUUUAGGUCAUCCUGCUGCAACAAGCAUUAGGACCAAGACAAAUAUUGGUGAGUAACAUUGAAACAGCUAAAGGUGAUGCUUGUAACUAAGCCCAGAUAAGAAUGUGCAAGACUACCUAAGACCAGACAAGGUGGAGGAAUGCUAAACAAGGUUCAGUCAAGGAAAGUCCAAGCAUGGCUCAUCAAUGCCAGUUAAGGGUAGGCAAGUGUGGGUGGAGAUAAGCGAGACUGAGGAAGCAUAAACGAGGCUAAGCAUAACCAAUUAACGCUUAGCAAGAGCAAGACUAAAGUUGAUGAGCAGGACCAAAGUUUAAAUGGAAUUUGCUGUGUGUAUCUACACUCAUCUUGGCUCUAAUUGCUGUUAUUUCGCUCAGUUGGAUUGUCGUAGCAAAGCAGACCAAACAGCUAAUGCUAAAUGCUGUGGUAUUUGGACUGUCAAUGGUUUACCACUAAAGCCUCGUUUCCACUGAGCGGUCCAGGACGGUUUGGUUGGGUUCCAUUGUUAAAUGGAACUAUCAAACAGUUCUGACCUGUACCUCUUGAGGGCCCCAUCCGUUGUUGGUCCAUAGAAAAGGGACGGUUGGGGCAGAACUGCUGUAGCCACCCGCUGAUUGGCAGGAAGUGAUGACGACAUUAGAAAACGCCAGUACAGCGCUAAGCUAGUGUUUCCGUUUUCUCUUUUUUUCUUCUUAGACCGCAAUCUUUUUUCAAACAACAUUGAAUUCCUGUUUUAUACGAUGUUCAAAAAGUAAAGCAGGAAAAAGACGAGCUUAGCUGAGGCGAUACCAGUGGAAAGGCUCCUGAGGUAAGGAUGGAUAAGGCUGCUGCUUCUUCACUGCCUAGCCCUGUUGAAGGCAGCUUUGUGUGUUCAUGCUGUACGUUUUCUCAGUACCUGAAUAUUCACUUCAUAGGCAGCUUGGAAGGCUUUCAGGAAUGGGCUCGAUGAAGAUUCUGCAUAGUAUUCAUAAUAUUCAUGAGGAAGUUCUGAAUCGUCUCAGACAAACUCAGUGGAAGAGCUUCAUGAACAAAGCUAACUUAGUCAGGAUGACAACACAGACCCCUCAAGAGAGGCCAUAAUGUCAUUUUCAUUUGUAAUUUUGUAGCACAGCAAUACGAGGAGAUCACGUGAUGAAGAUGACAGCAUCACAAACCCACAGGCUCGGCUGAACUUAGGACACAGAAGAAGUUGGAGGCUGUUAGACAUUAAAAACUUUUUCAAGCAGCUCAAUAAAAUCAAAGAUUCAGCACAGCUGGAGGCUCAAUAUCCCAUCAGAUUGUUUUGUUUUUCAGAUUGUUCACCCUGUUUUUAUAACUUGAUAGAACCGCAGAAAAAGAUCAAAGCAAGACAAGUAGAAAAGACGGUUAAGCAAAGAAAAAGAUCUUCCACAAUUUCUAGUUUUUGUUUAUCUUAGCUGAUUUGAACCUUUUUGCAAUUUGAUUUUUUUUUUUUAUUUACCUGAAUCUAAAAGUGAGAGAACUGGAAGAGGCCAUAGACACAGAUACAAAACUCUAUGAACCUGAAAAGCAUUAGAGACAAAUGCAGGUGAGUUGUAUUUGAAAAUGUCCCACCAACAGAGUGAAGGUCGGGCCUAAAUGACCCGUGUUACUUAUCUAAACGUCCUGUUGGCGGGAAGCCGCGCUUCAAUGUUUGUGCUUUCUAUGUGAGGGAGACGGCUGUGGAAAUGCACAGAACUAGAACUUCAGAAACAGGAUGAGCAGCAAAGCUGAGGAUGUGGAAUGCAUGAGAGGUUUGAUCAUUCUUAUAAAUUCAACUUUAUUUUUUCUCUUCGAUUUUGAGUUUCUGGUCUCGUUCCUGACUAGCAGAGAAUAAAACAAAGAAUAUAGAAAAGUGGUCAAUGGAUGUCUGCUCUAAAUAUCUGCGUGCUGGGGUUGACUGAUCUGAACUGGACCUUUAGGAUGGAGCAGGGCUCUACAACCUCAGGCUCUCUUUGACCCCUCCAUUGUGGCUCUCUGAUAAAAGAAAACUCCUUUUUUUUAUUUCAAAAAGUAAAAUGUAAGUUAUAACAUUUGAACUUUAUUCGAUAGAUUCAAGAACAGUACGCGUCACUCCACGAUGGUUCUGACUACAGCGCCCAUAAUGCAGUUCGGAUUCAUAGUUUACCAAAGUCGAACAUUUUGACAGAUUUGUGAACGCCGUUAACCACAGAAAAUCAAUUUGAGAUCAGUAAGCACAACCAGAAUUUAAAACCAAACUUUCUAUUUUGAAUAAAUUCAAGGAAUUUUGAAGUUCACUUAAUGGUUCCAAAAAUAUGGUAAAGGCUGCUAAAUUAGCUCUGAUUUAAUUAUGGUUUGUUAGAUUUAUGAAUUUCUAGCAGAGAACAUAAAUAGUAAAAUAAACAGUGUAUUUUAUUGAAAUAUAUACAUUUAUUGCAUUGAGAUGAUCCAUUAAGACCAGUCUGUCGUUCAUAACAGAAUCAGUCUGUCACUGUGGACAUGAGCUGCACACUUCAGAGCCGAUUUCCUUGGUCUAACUGUGUUUGGAUGCAUGUUAGAAAAUGGACUUCUCAUCGGUUUUGGACUUGAGAGUACCCUUGACCCUUGAAGAGCAUGCAGACCUUCACUGGAACGUCCGGUCCAUUCUUAAAAGCUGGUCGUGACUUUGUUGGGGAGAACUGCUGGACAAAGUUCUGCAGCUGGCUCUGACUCGGACCGGUUCUGUUCUCUACAUACCUUUAUUCUGUCUUGACUGAAAGCUGCUGAUUUUGCCUUAAAGACAUGUAACUUUGGUUGUUUCUGGUCCACCAGUCCAACGUGGGGUUAGUACUACAAGCACAGUGUCUGUUUCUGUUCUGUUUGGUUGUGAACAGUUCCAGUUUUCUUUGUUCAGAGUGAAGAGAGGCUUUGAGCGUCUGAGCAAUCAUGGAUUCAUGUCAUCCGUAUGUUCAGAACCAAGGUCCACUCCUGCACAGUCCAACGCUCAGGCCUUUGUUCAACCAGACCGGUUUCCAGUGAGCCUUAGUGUACUGGUUUUGUGGCGUUCGCUAACAAUUGCAUGUUUUGUGGGUUCAUUCAGGUCUUCAGCAGAGCAGAGUGCAGAUAAAGCUUAAAGAGUACUGUAUUUUAUACCCAAACGUGAGUUGCUGAGUCUCAAGGUUUCUGUGUACUUUGUUCUUUUGUUCCUGGAGGAGGAAUUCUCCUGUCAGCAUCAUCAGCAUAAGCACAGUUCAACCUCAGCUGCAGAGCCUCUGCUGCCCCCUGCUGUCUGGGUGCACACAAUCAGAACACAGGAGCACAGGUUGUGUGUUGAUGCAGAACCCUGUCAAACCGGUGAAACCAGAAUUCAGAGAGGAAAGAGCUCAUCGUCACACCUGACUGAGCUCCACACGUCAUUCAGGCAGAAGACUAGCACAGAAAAACCCCACAGGAGACGCGGUGUGUAGCUGUCGUGCAUGUCUGUCCUCUACAGUUCAUGUCAGUGGAACGCCAGGCCGAUCAAGGUGGAGCAGAACCCACUCGUGUGUAGAAAUGUAAAUAUUACACAGAACAUUCAGACUGUGAAGUCCUCAGAGUUUGAUAAACAACAUCCAACAGAGUGAAAACAGAUAAAUGUGGUUUAUGUGAUGUACAAUAAUUACUACUGUUUAAGAAAAAGUGGUCUUUUAGUGAGUGGCUUUGUGUGAUUUAAGUCUGAAGAACUAAAGAUGCAUUCAGUAAGAAAAAGUACAUUUUCAUGGAAAAAUAAAUCACUGCUAAUUAAAAGAAGUGUAUAUAUGGAGUUUUUGUAAAUUUUUAUUUGGAUUUAAUGAGACCCAAAUUACCAACAUUGAUUCAAUAAAGUUCCCUGUGGUCAUU